GAUCUAAUGACCUAAAUACUGGUUUUCAGAAAACAUAAACCAGCAUACAGUUAUGUAAACUAAAUUCAUAACCUGGUAAUAAAACACGUCAUCUAUCAAGAAGACAUAAGAGUCCGAAUUUAGGAGUAUUGCUGGAAAUUAUGUGUAGUAUUUAAAUACAUAACAGGAUGGAUAGUACAGUAGUACCAGGAUUAUUUGGAUUGAAUCUUAAUCUGAUGUACGUUUUAGACAUCCCAAUGAUUUAUGACGAAAUCGAAGCACUUAACAUACGACUGAAAGUUGAGCAUAAGUGUGUACAUGAUGUUCUUAAUAAUAUGAUAGCUAUUUUGAAAACAAAACUACCAAGAUUGCGAUGUUAUGCAAAAGAACAUCUUGAACAUAUUUUAGAGGAAAAUAAGGACAAUUUAAACGCAUUGUCCGAUCUAGCACAGAUUUAUAAGGGGUUGCACAGAAUAUCGGACGCAGAAAGAUGCAGAAAACACAUGGCACAAAUCCUUCUUAGCACCCAAGAAGAAGACGUGGUUAAUAAAGCCGUUUGUCUUUUGGAACAAGGGUAUGCCUUGGUGCACGAUAUGUCAGCAAACAUUGAAAAUAUUGCAAGCAGUAAACUAACUGAUGCACAUAAACUGCUGCAGUCGGAACACCAAAAAAGCGAACAUGAGCGAAGAUUGGUGCUCCAAAAAUGUGUUUUCCACAAUAAACAGACUAUCAGUAAUUUAGAACAAUCUAUUCAAUGCAGUAGAACGAACAAAUACUUUCUCAGGAAAAUAACAGCCCUUGAACAAUUUGAAAAGGCCCAAGUCAUCUGUAGCAAAUUUCCAUACAAAAUAGUAUGGUCAUAUUACAUUGGGGAGGCAUGGAAUCGCCAUGUCGAUUCACUACAGAGGCAAAGAACUGAACAUAGAAAAAUAGAUGUCUUAGAUGCUACCUGUAAGGCGAUUGAAAUAUUUUUGAAUGUUGCCAAUAUGAAAAAUGACAUUGACAAGAAACAAACUUACAUUUCAAGAUCACUAGCACAAAUAGGCCAUAUCUUAAUAAAACGUCGCAAGACACUUGAAAAUAAUCCUACAGAUUUUGAAUUCUUUCAAGAUGAAUCAUAUGUGAAAUAUUUUAAAGACCCAUUGAUACCAUUAAAAAAGGCUUAUGACAUGCAGAAAUAUAGGCCAGAUUCCUUUGUACUGAAUAAAUAUGGACGUGCCUUAUUCCAUCUUUCGAAAGGGACAGAUUUUCGUGAAAAACUACAGCGACUUAAAAUGGCUGAAGACAUACUAACUAUUUCAACACAAAAUUUUACCAUGAACUGGUUUGCUUAUAGUACGCGUAUGGAAGUUUACGAAAGUUUGGGGGAUUUUCUUUUAACAAAAAAUCAAGGUUUGUCUUGGCAGUACUUUCAAAGCGCACUCAACGAUGGACACCAAUGCUUCAAAUCAAAAGGAUCUGCUAUUGAUAUGGAAAAUUUGGCAAGAAUAUGUCAGAAAAUGGCGAAAUUCCCAUUCACCAAAAAAGAAGGCGCUCAUAUGGUCAAUGAUAAGGUGUUCCUUCACUACGCUCUUGAUUAUUUGCAGCAUGGUAUAGCUUUAUCGGGCCACAAUGAAUACACCAUCGCCAAUAGAAUGGCGUCAUGUUUAUAUGAUUUGGAUGAGCUUGUUACAGCUGCUGAAUGGAUGAAACGAGCGUUAUCCCUAUGUUCAUAUGUUAAAAUACACGACUUUAAAAUUACGUGUUUAUAUCUUCUGAAACGAUAUGGCAUUGAAAGCAAGAUUAUUGGAGGUGACAAGCCCUACUAUCUUCUCAGAGAAAUAAUCUACAUUCUACUUAAAUGCAAAAGACUUAAAGAGCAUAGGAAUACGGAAAAAGUGUAUGAAUACAUUAUCAGUAACGACUACUCCGAUCUGUUUUCACUUAUAAACGAUGUAGUUACUGUAAAAAAAUUGCUAAAACAAACCGGUCUUGAUAUAAUUACGGAAAUUUUGGAAUGUGACACUGCAAUAAGUAAUUUAGACACAGGACGACAGAAGCAGCUUGAACGAUUCAAAGAACAAAUAUCAUCUGUCGUUCCACAAGACGAUAGUGAAAUGGAUCUCGAAAAAGAGUUUGAAAAAUCAAUAGCACCUAUUCCAAUUUCUCUGGAGACUCAUCAGGUACCCGAAGGAUAUCAAUACAAUUUCUUCGUAUCUCACAGUAAGAAAGACAGUGACUGGGUUGUCAAUAUGCUUCUUUUCGAGUUAGAAAAGCAGUUUUCAGAGGAAGAUGUAGCUUUCAAAGGUUGUAUUGCGGACCGGGAUUUCGUUCCAGGAAAAACUAUAAUCAGGAACAUCACAGAUGCAAUCAGAAGAAGUUAUAAGUUGUAGAUUAUAAUGAAUACAAAUAAAUCCAAGGGAGUUUAUAUCCGAUGGUUACCUCGUUAUUGGUUCACAUUUGAAGAUAUAUUAUGGAUAAGUACAUUCCUUUGCGGUCUACAAACUUGAUUGCAGCUUGUUUAAUUCUGAUUUUGAUAAUAAUGUAUAUAUUUGAUUCUGUGAUCGUGAAUACUGAUAUGUUUUACGAAUGGUCUUCAUCUUAUACAAAUGAUGGAAUAAAAAGGUGGUUCAUCAAUACGAAUACAUUAACGAAGAGGAGGCUUGUUGAUUCUAUUAAUUGUCAUGCACUGCUAACAGGACAGAAACGUGAAAUUAACAUGGCAAACAGACUGGCAAACGAAUAUCUAAACGUUUUAUCGCCUUUUUAUUAUAUCAGUCGAACACGUGUUUGUAAGAAGUUUCUCCGAGACAGAAGCUACACUACAUCAACACUUUCAAGCGAGGAGGAAGCCUUUCCAAUAGCUUACAGUAUGCUCAUAUUCAAAUCAAUCAAUCAAUUUGAGAGAUUACUUAGAAGUAUUUAUCGACCUCAGAACUUCUAUUGUGUUCAUGCUGAUACGAAAAUGUCCGAUGUACGCAGAAAGGCGCUGGAAUCAAUAGUCAAUUGUUUUGACAACGUGUUCAUGUCAUCUAAAUCGUAUAACGUUAAAUGGGGAAAAAUAACAGUAUUACAAGCUGACAUAAUUUGCAUGCAGGAUUUACUGAGAUAUAAGAAAUGGAAGUAUUUUAUAAAUUUAACAGGGCAAGAUUUUCCAUUAAAAACUAAUCUGGAAAUUGUAAAAAUUCUGAAGGCUUAUGACGGUGCAAAUGAUGUCUCAAUUUCAAACAAUCAAGCAAAAUUUGCACAUCGAUGGACAAAUAUUAAAUCCUCACCGCCUGGAGUAUUUCCAUACAAAGGUAGUUUACAUAUAACUGUUAAUCGACGGUUUGUGGAGUAUGCCAUUACAAACAAAACAGCCAAUCAACUUUUGAAAUGGUUGGUUGGAACAAUCAUUCCAGACGAAAGCUUUUUCUCUACCCUCAACUUUAAUUCGAAUCUUGGAAUUCCAGGGUCGUUUCAAGGUAAUUUGAACAAUGCUAUGGCACUGUAUAAAAGCAUGACACGAUAUAAAAUUUGGAAGUUGGAGGAUAAAAGUUGUAAUGGUCAAUAUGUACGUGCAAUAUGUAUUCCAGCGGUUGAGGAUCUGUCCAAAAUUCACAGUCGUCCGGAGUUAUUUAUCAACAAGGUCUACUGGGAUUAUGAACAUUAUGUUCUAGAUUGUCUUGAAGAGUCUAUUCGUAAUAGAACUAUCGAUAAUAUCCUCGGGAUAAUUGAUCUAAAUAUAUCCGAUUACUCAAAUUUAUAUUUUGUAAAACAUGCUUUGAGAGUCCACAAUAUAUGACAUACUAUCCUUUUUGAUGAAUUUCAAAGAUUUGGCACGUCGUUUAUUGAAGCAAGUUAACUUUAAAUUGCCCUUUUUUCAACUGCAAAAAUCUCGAUAGAUAUUAAGAUAUUUUUAUACAUUAAAUUAAGGUUAUAUUUA